GUGACGGUUAACGUACUUUGAUUGUAAGAAUCGUCUCGUUUCCUCGAUUUUGGCUCGCCGAAUGUGAGUCUCGUGCCCGAAUCAUCGCCGGAAGUGUUGAAAGUAAGUGUUGUGAGUUUAUCGUGACGACAUAUCGCCAAUAAGCGCCCGAAAUGGGUAUAUACGGAACAAGCAGUUUACGCCUUUGAAUAGAGUAACGCCCGUUUGGGCAUGAUAUUAAUGGCCGUUGGAAAUACGAGUCGUCAAUCGUUGUUCUUCGCGAUACCGAUCCGUCAGAGGAGAAUAAUGUGCGCGAAUAUCGUCGGGAGUGCUGAAAGUAAGUCGCGCGUCCAUCGUGACGAGAUAACGUCAAUAAGUAUCGAGAAUGGCUAUGUAACGGUACGGAUGAUCGGUAGUUUCGAGAAAUAUAUCGCAUGUUCAUCGUUAGUGGCGUUUCAAAACAGAAUUCGUCUGUCGUUGCUCUCGUCUCUUUGACCCGUUGAAGAAAAGAUGUGCGCGAAUAUCGUCGGGAGUGCCGAAAGUAAGUCGCGCGUCUAUCAUGACGAGAUAUCGUCAAAUAAGCAUCGGGAAUGGCUAUGAAUAGGUAGUACGGGUAGUUCCGAGAAAUGUACCACAUGUUCAUCGUAUUAGUGGCGCUUCAAAACGGAAUUCGUCUGUCGUUUCUCGUCUCUCUGAUUCGUUGGAGAAGAAUGAGUGCGCGAAUAUCGUCGGGAGUGCCAAAAGUAAGUUUCGCGCUUUUAUCGUGACGAAGUGUCUUUACGUAACCGUCCAAAAUAGAUAUGUCGCGAGAUAAGCAGUUAGAAGUUCCAAAAAAAGUAUUGCGCAUCAUAAUAUCAGUGUUGCUAUGAAGCAAUUUUCGGAGUAUCAUAACAGAGCAGCCGGGAGCUCAGUGUCAAGAUGAGAAUACUAGUUUCAACGCCAGUGUUAAUGGCAGGAUGGCAAUAUCAGUGUUGGUGUCAAUGCCAGGAUGGCAAUAUCAGUGUCAGUGCCAAUGCCAGGAUGGCAAUAUCAGUGUCAGUGUUAAUGCCAAGAUGGCAAUAUCAGUGUCAGUGUCAAUGCCAAGAUGGCAAUAUCAGUGUCAGUGUAAAGACUUAUAUCAGAGUUAAAAUCCUAAGCGAAUAUUUAAAGUGUCACAAUGGAGCAAUCAGAAGCUAUAGAAAAAACACCUCCUAUUCUCCAGUCACACAUCGUUCGCCUCAUCAUCCAAAUAGCGGCAUAAAUCUAUUUCUCAAAGGCAUCGAGCAUGAGAAAUCAAGAAGUUUUGUGAGGCCAUCCAGUUUUAUAAUCGUGCAAUGCAAGUGGUUUCUGACAUUGAAGUUCGCUUGUACGACUCGACAAAAACAAAAGUAAGGGAUAAAUUUAAUGCGGAUGAUCACCUGGACACAUUAAACAAUGGUCUGUCAGCAAAUAUUAGUGGAAACUACUUUAAGGCUGAUGAAGAAGGAACCGACUUGUUUAAUAAAUUGUCUAGAAUUGUAAUUCGCAAUCACCGCGUAUGUUUCCCAAAAUUCGUGCAAAAGAUCUGACAUGGUUUGCAUGGCCUCUGACGAUACGUUUUAUAAGUUAGCGGAAGAAAGUUAGCAAAAUCAAUUCUAAUGUUUUUCUUUGUUGCUCAUUUGUAGCUAAAAUGUUGCCAAAGAAAAAAAAUUGUUCUGUUAAUUUUUUGUAAAAACGAUGUUAUGCUAAAAGAUUAGUUUGCGGAACAGUAUGUAAAUAACAACAAAACAAUAAAAAAUCAAAUAUUACAAUAGUAUAGGAAUUUUUUGCUAAUUAAUUGCUCACAAAAUACGCUGGUCCCAAAUAUUUUGCUCCGCUAUUUUUUUUUAUGUUCCGCUAAAAGAAGAUGAAGAGUAAAUUACAAGAAAAAAAUUUGUUGCUCGGUUGAAUUUGGUACUGGUGAAUUGUCUGAAUUUGUUGUUCUGAAAAUAUUCUAGUUACGAAUUUGUUGCUCGUCUAAUAUGUUUAAAUAAUAACGGAGAAGUGACUAACGUGCAAGGAGUCACAAAAGUAAACUAUUAGAAAAAAAAUUCUUGCUCACUUAAAUUUGAUGCUGAUGUGUUGCCUGAAUUUAUUGCUCUAAAAAUAUCCAAGUUAGAAAUUUGUUGCUCGCCUGAUAUGUUUAAAUAAUAGCGGAUAAGUUACCAGCGGGCAAGGAGUCACAAGAGUAAACUGUUAGAGAAAAAAUUGUUGCUCGCUUAAAUUUGAUAUUGGUGUGUUGCCUGAAUUUGUUGCUCUAGAAAUAUCUAAGUUACCAAUUUGUUGCUCGCCUAAUAUGUUUAAAUAAUAGCGGAGA